AUGGAACGUAGACGUUCUACUAAAAGAGCUGCUCCAAGGAAAUCUGAGCCUGCUCCCGAAGAAAGGUUUUUCGUUAACCCAUCAUCUAUCAGCCCGCAUCUCUUCUGUCCUAUAUGCCAGGAGGCAUUUUCUAAUCCUCAACGUGCACCAUGCGGCCACUCAUUUUGCAAAAGUUGUAUCGACCCGUGGAUUCGUGACUCGCCUACCUGUCCGGUUGAUCGUUUGCCUAUCCCAAAAGGAUCGAUGCAUCAUGAUUUUAUAGUUGAAAAUAUAAUAGGCGAAUAUAAGGUAUCAUGUCCUUGGCGUUCUCUAGGAUGCGAUUUUAUCGGUCGCUUGUGCAUUUUACCCAGUCAUAAAAAAACGUGUCCAAUGAAUCCUGAACUACUUCCUGCAGAAUUACGUAAUCGUCUUAUGGUUGGUUUACAAAAUACAACUACAAACAGAAAUCAAUCUUCAGACUUGA